GCUUGAUGUUUCAAAGCCCCAUUUUCGGGAAUCCUCGCAAAGGUUUCCUGGUCCAUAAGAAUUCCCCAGCCUUGUGGAAGCGUUGCUUGGUGGAGACAGACAGAGUCUUAGGGCCUUGACUUGUUAGCUCGUGAAAAUCAAGUGGCUGCGCCGCAGGCAGCAUAAUAAAGAGCGAAGAACUGUCCUCUGCCUCUAUACUUACUAAAACACAGAAAUAUAUAACAAGCUGACAAACCCUCAGCUCUUCCGCUAGCUUCAAAGCCGGCACAAAAGGGCUACAAUUUCAUGGACUUACCCCCAGAAAUGCAUCUUCACAUCAUUUCACACCUCUCCUAUCCAGAUGCGUUGGCUCUCAAACACACAAACAGCUACUUUUACUCCCUCGUCACAACCAAUGUCCAAUUCAGAGUGAAUUGGAUCAUCGAACGUGUUUCUUCCGGUUUACCCAUCCUAUGGAGGAAGUGUGAAUUACGCACCGACGAAUCUUUUUGUAAGGGCGAUGUUAAGCGUACCAUGGAGAGGAGAAGGCGGCACAAGGAGUGCAAACCUGGUGAUGGCGGAUGUGCUGUCGUCGCGGGUUCAAACUGUGGUGGUGCUUCUUCGGAACUAUAUUGGCAAUUCAGGAGGUGUAAAGUGCUGAUGAGAAGAGCGACAAAAAUUGCGUUGGAGCAUCAGAUGCUGGCCAUUGGCUUAUUGCUUUGCAUUAUUGCUGUUCUCUGGCAGAUUCUAUUUUAGGCACUCUAAAUAUACACCCCCAAACUGAAUCUGACAACUAUCUUGUUAGUGUCCU